GGUUUGAAGCUGCACCGCCAGGGAGCGAGGCCGCAGUGACAGCGCGGGGCGUUCGGACCCCGGCUGCCCCGCAGCGCCCGGCGGCGUCCGGCGCUCCGGGCCCGACAUGGCAGCCCCCGUAGGCCCGCGCGGCUCAGAGACGGAGCGGCUCCUGACACCCAGCCCUGGAUAUGGGACCCAGACAGGGGCUUCCCCAGCCCCUUCAACCCCUCCAGAAGAGGAAGAUCUCCGUCGCCGUCUCAAGUACUUCUUCAUGAGCCCCUGUGAUAAAUUCCGGGCCAAGGGUCGCAAGCCUUUCAAGCUUAUGCUGCAGGUGGUGAAGAUCUUGGUGGUCACUGUGCAGCUCAUCCUGUUUGGGCUCAGCAACCAGCUGGCGGUGACGUUCCGGGAGGAGAACACCAUUGCUUUCCGGCACCUCUUCCUACUGGGCUACACGGAUGGGGCGGAUGACACAUUCGCAGCCUACACGCGGGAACAGCUAUACCAGGCCAUCUUCUAUGCUGUGGACCAGUACCUGAUGCUCCCAGAUGUGUCCCUGGGCCGGUAUGCCUAUGUGCGGGGCGGGGGCGGCCCCUGGGCCAACGGCUCAGCCCUGGCCCUCUGCCAGUGCUACUACCACCGGGGCCACGUGGACCCAGCCAACGACACAUUUGACAUUGAUCCAAUGGUCGUCACGGACUGUAUCCGGGUGGACCCCCCUGAGAGACCCCCCGUUCCCCCCAGUGAUGAUCUCUCCCUCUCGGAUGGCAGCGCCAGUUACAGGAACCUCACGCUCAAAUUUCACAAGCUGAUCAACGUCACCAUCCACUUCCAGCUGAAGACCAUUAACCUCCAGAGCCUGAUCAACAAUGAAAUCCCAGACUGCUACACCUUCAGUAUCCUGAUCACAUUUGACAAUAAGGCACACAGUGGGCGUGUCCCCAUCAGCCUAGAGACCCAGGCCCACAUCCAGGAGUGUAAGCACCCCAGCGUCUUUGGCCAUGGAGACAACAGCUUCCGGCUCCUGUUUGACGUGGUUGUAAUCCUCACCUGCGCCUUCUCCUUCCUGCUAUGUGCCCGCUCACUGCUCCGAGGCUUCCUCCUGCAGAAUGAAUUUGUCAGGUUCAUGUGGCGAAGGCGGGGACGGGUCAUCAGCCUGUGGGAGCGGUUGGAAUUUGUCAAUGGCUGGUACAUCCUGCUGGUCACCAGCGACAUGCUCACCAUCUCGGGCACCAUCAUGAAGAUUGGCAUUGAAGCCAAGAACCUGGCAAGCUAUGACGUCUGCAGCAUCCUCCUGGGCACCUCUACACUGCUUGUCUGGGUCGGAGUCAUCCGCUACUUGACCUUCUUCCAUAAGUACAAUAUCCUCAUCGCCACGCUGCGGGUGGCCCUGCCCAGCGUCAUGCGCUUCUGCUGCUGUGUGGCCGUCAUCUAUCUGGGCUAUUGCUUCUGCGGCUGGAUCGUGUUGGGGCCCUACCACGUGAAGUUCCGCUCACUGUCCAUGGUGUCCGAGUGCCUGUUCUCGCUCAUCAACGGGGAUGACAUGUUCGUGACCUUCGCGGCCAUGCAGGCGCAGCAGAGCCACAGCAGCCUGGUGUGGCUCUUCUCUCAGCUCUACCUGUACUCCUUCAUCAGCCUGUUCAUCUACAUGGUGCUCAGCCUCUUCAUCGCGCUCAUCACAGGCGCCUACGACACCAUCAAGCACCCAGGCGGAGCGGGCGCAGAGGUGAGCGAGCUCCAGGCCUACAUCGCGCAGUGCCAGGACAGCCCCACCUCCGGCAAAUUCCGCCGCGGGAGCGGCUCCGCCUGCAGCCUCCUUUGCUGCUGUGGCAGGGACGCUUCGGAGGAGCAUUCGCUGCUGGUGAAUUGACUCGGACCCGGACUGCUACUGGACAUUAACCACCACUCCCCGGAGUGUGGAGACCCAAGCUUAUUUAUUUUUACCCUUUGCUUUUAAGGGCCGGCUGCCAGUCGGGCCCCGUGAGGGCCUGGGCCAGUCGGGUCGGACGUUGGACAAGGAUAGGGUGGGUGUUAAAUAAACGGGAAAAUAA